AAGGAGGAAGCUCACUUAAUAAAAGGGCUGCGAAGAUGAGGACACGGAUGAUGGGUGGUGCCACCUGUCCCCUCCCUGGGGUUUUAGUACAAACAGCAAAGUGAAGGCAGCACGAGAGCAACCUGCAUGACAGUGACGCUGCUGUAAGUACAGCAAGACCAGGGAUUGCAGGAAACGCAGUCAUCCCAUGGAGGGAACUCUCACUAACCCCCCUAUUCUUUCUUUUACAGGGCAGCUGUCGCUUCAACAAAAAAACAAGGUAAAUUCAUAGAAUUCUGCUAAUAUUGUUGCAGCCUCUCUGUACUGUUAAUGUUUUCCUAGCAGCCAUAGUGUCGUCAGAUCGUAAGAGGGAAGUCAUGGAUGUAAACAAAAGGAGAUUGAUUUUAGAUUUUUUUUUUGACAAUGGAAGCGUUAAAGACUGAUUUGUGGACGCCCUAAAGCCUUUUGCAUGUAUCUAAGAAUAUAGUUAUUGUAUCCCACGAUCUAUUGUUUCCGUUUGACAGAUUAUUAAGAAUUUUUUGUUGUAAUUUUUUUUUUUUUUUUGCAAUGAGUUGUUUUCACCGAGUGGAUCCCCUGAGCAAUUAAAAAGCUGAAAAAAGUAAAAAUGCGUUAAAACAUAAAUUAUCAUAUCUUUUAUAACACAUAACCCAUGAUUCCAUAAACAUAAAUAGUAUUAUUAUUAUUAUUAUUAUUAUUAAGAAAGCGCCAACACAGUCUAUAGCGCUGUACAAUGGUUGGACUGACAAAGCAGUGUAUAUGACCAGACGAGUUGGACGCACAGAAACAGAGGGCUUAAGGACCCUGCUCAAAGAGCUUACAUGCUAUAGUGACACAAAGGGUAAGGGUAAGGGUAGAAAGGUAGGUUGCUUUAAAAGUAAUUACUGAGGACAUAUGUACAUCUUGAUGGAUGUACAUAUGGGCCCCGCUUUAGAAAGUCUUCUGAUAACUGAUCAACACUUAGCCAAUUAGUCAUAUAGUGCCCAACUCUUCCUGGACCCAUGUCACCUCUGCACGAGGAUGGUAAGGGAAUGAAAAGUGCCCCCUGCAGUAUUUAACAUUCACACGCAGAAGAAGGGAUGGAUAUGUAUUCAUCACGAGGAUCCCAAAGGAAAAGCCAUCUUGCAGCACGUGAAUUCUAGAUACUACAAGGACUACAGCACUUUGCAUGUGUUACUCAUCAGCAUAAAAAAAUGAUGUGUCUUGAAAAGCCGAAGUGAUUCCAAUAUUUCUGGGGUGAAAAUAGCUCCAAAGCAUAUUUUUAUGACUUUAUAGUUGUUACUAAGACUAUCCAAGUUAUGAGUUCCCUCGAAGAAUCAUUUUAGAUUAUAUUUAUUACAAUUACAAUUUUAAGGAAAUUGUGCUUGAAAACUUUACUGUGGUGACGAUAUUGUUAGUUGUUAAUUAUUUCUGAAUAUUAUACAAAGCAGAAAUGCCUUCCUCUCUGCCUGCUUUCCUGGUCGAGUGAGUUUAUGUGUGAUGAUAGCUUGUUAGUUUAUCAGUUUAUCUGGAGAUUAGCAGAUAUUCUGUUGCCAGAAACCAUUAUUUUUCAGAGUUUGACGUGAACAAAUUAGAAGAAAUAAAGUGUUAAAUGGAAAUCAGCAUUUUAAACAAUUCUUCAUUCCCUCUCAGUGUAUUUCUGUAUAUAUUGUGCGACCAUGGGGGUCACUUCACUAAAACAGCAAACUGUGCCGACACUAAAAUAACUAAAGUGAAAAACAAUCUCAAUUUGUGCAGAAAUGGAUAUUUACAUUUUAUGUUUUCAUCUAUAUCUUCCAAAUCCGUUCAAAUGUUACAUCAGCUCUUUGUUUAGUGAAUAGGAGGCCCAUUAUGUUGUCUGUUGUAGACUUGUGUUCAAACUCUUUUUAGCUUGUGCAAACUAAAUAACUAUUUUUAAUCUACAUCUGAAUGAAUGUGCGAAGUCUUACAGGUAAAUCCCGGAUGGCUCGAUUUGUUCGGGCGUAGAUUGGAAGGAAUAUGAUUCGUUCGUAGGAUUUGAAAGAAUUUGUGCACACGUUUCGUGUGUAAUCCACGCAGAGAGACUAACGUUUAUUUGUAUAAAUGGUCAUGUGUGACUUGUGUCUGUGUAAUAGUCUGCACUCAGAGCAGCACUGACUGCCUCAGAGACAUGUCUUGGCUAGUCCUCCCCCAAUACCGAGUCUGGCUACCAGGCCUCAUUGCACUAACCAGGUGCUUUCAUAUCAACUAAAUAUAUACUUUAUUAUCUCACAGAUGGAACGUUUGAUGAUUUCAAUUAAACUUGCGUACUUUAUACAAACAGUGUUAUUAUUAUUCAACAAACACUGAACUAAAGGUAGUUAAACUACAAAUUGCAAAACUUAGCUGUUACUAUAGUGGAGUUAUAGAGUUUCUCCUGGCUGUUACUAUAGCGGAGUUAUAGAGUUUCUCCUGGCUGUUACUAUAGCGGAGUUAUAGAGUUUCUCCUGGCUGUUACUAUAGCGGAGUUAUAGAAUUUCUCCUGGCUGUUACUAUAGCGGAGUUAUAGAGUUUCUCCUGGCUGUUACUAUAGCGGAGUUAUAGAGUUUCUCCUGGCUGUUACUAUAGCGGAGUUAUAGAGUUUCUCCUGGCUGUUACUAUAGCGGAGUUAUAGAGUUUCUCCUGGCUGUUACUAUAGCGGAGUUAUAGAGUUUCUCCUGGCUGUUACUAUAGUGGAGUUAUAGAGUUUCUCCUGGCUGUUACUAUAGUGGAGUUAUAGAGUUUCUCCUGGCUGUUACUAUAGCGGAGUUAUAGAGUUUCUCCUGGCUGUUACUAUAGCGGAGUUAUAGAGUUUCUCCUGGCUGUUACUAUAGCGGAGUUAUAGAGUUUCUCCUGGCUGUUACUAUAGCGGUUAUAGUUUCUCCUGGCUGUUACUAUAGAGUUAUAGAGUUUCUCCUGGCUGUUACUAUAGCGGAGUUAUAGAGUUUCUCCUGGCUGUUACUAUAGCGGAGUUAUAGAGUUUCUCCUGGCUGUUACUAUAGCGGAGUUAUAGAGUUUCUCCUGGCUGUUACUAUAGCGGAGUUAUAGAGUUUCUCCUGGCUGUUACUAUAGCGGAGUUAUAGAGUUUCUCCUGGCUGUUACUAUAGCGGAGUUAUAGAGUUUCUCCUGGCUGUUACUAUAGCGGAGUUAUAGAGUUUCUCCUGGCUGUUACUAUAGCGGAGUUAUAGAGUUUCUCCUGGCUGUUACUAUAGCGGAGUUAUAGAGUUUCUCCUGGCUGUUACUAUAGCGGAGUUAUAGAAUUUCUCCUGGCUGUUACUAUAGCGGAGUUAUAGAGUUUCUCCUGGCUGUUACUAUAGUGGAGUUAUAGAGUUUCUCCUGGCUGUUACUAUAGCGGAGUUAUAGAGUUUCUCCUGGCUGUUACUAUAGCGGAGUUAUAGAGUUUCUCCUGGCUGUUACUAUAGUGGAGUUAUAGAGUUUCUCCUGGCUGUUACUAUAGCGGAGUUAUAGAGUUUCUCCUGGCUGUUACUAUAGCGGAGUUAUAGAGUUUCUCCUGGCUGUUACUAUAGCGGAGUUAUAGAGUUUCUCCUGGCUGUUACUAUAGCGGAGUUAUAGAGUUUCUCCUGGCUGUUACUAUAGCGGAGUUAUAGAGUUUCUCCUGGCUGUUACUAUAGCGGAGUUAUAGAGUUUCUCCUGGCUGUUACUAUAGCGGAGUUAUAGAGUUUCUCCUGGCUGUUACUAUAGCGGAGUUAUAGAGUUUCUCCUGGCUGUUACUAUAGCGGAGUUAUAGAGUUUCUCCUGGCUGUUACUAUAGCGGAGUUAUAGAGUUUCUCCUGGCUGUUACUAUAGCGGAGUUAUAGAGUUUCUCCUGGCUGUUACUAUAGCGGAGUUAUAGAGUUUCUCCUGGCUGUUACUAUAGCGGAGUUAUAGAGUUUCUCCUGGCUGUUACUAUAGCGGAGUUAUAGAGUUUCUCCUGGCUGUUACUAUAGCGGAGUUAUAGAGUUUCUCCUGGCCGUUAUCAUUAAACUCAUUUAUAAAAUAUUGGCCAAAGUAGCCGAGGAAUGAAAACAAAUCUGAGAAAACCUGUUUUUAGAAUUUAGAUAAAUUGUUUGUAGGUUGACUUGGUUGGUUUUAUUUUUUUGUAUGUUAUUAAUGAUUGAUGACAAUCCGGUUUCAGUUUGCAGUGAUAUUUACUAAACCAGUAGAAGUUUACAUUGUAUUUGUGAUUUUGUGUGACCUCUAUUUCUGGCUUUGUGAGUUUGUGUCACUUGAGGUUUAUUCCCCAAAUAUUGAAAGGUUGUACACCAACUACCAAACUGCUGAGUUAUGCUAAAAUAGCAAAACCGUGAAAUUUUCGAAAUCCGCUUAUUUUGCCUAUAUUUGGUCCUGCAGCUCCUGGAGCUUCACCUGUCAGGGCCCCACGUCAGUGUCGUACUCUCCUACUUGCCUAUGGUGUCCAACACUGAUGUCUAUGGAGGAUUCCAUUUCUAGUGAUAGCGGGUGGAAAUAAAAAACACUUAGUGCUUUUUUCAAGCGUAGGAACAAUACUAAGACAAAUAGUCUGUGUUUUUGUCUUAGUAUCUUUAAACUGCAGCACAGUCAAUGUGAGUAUUUCAUAAAGACGGUGACAAAGUUGCUUUGAUUUUAAAUGUUAGUGAGAGCAUGAAACCCACAAUGCUUCCCCCAGCGCUCAGCCAGCGUGGUAAUUAUUGUAAGACUCACAGAUUCACACGCUCCUAAUGCUCCUACCUUCACACAAAGUUAUACAGAAAGAAAACUAUCAAUUAUCUGAAUCCGAAUAUCUGGCUGCGGAAUGCAUUGAAUCUUUAUAAAUCGUCUGCAGUUCUAAUCCGAGUGACAUCUGUAUCUGUAACGCCGACUGAUGCACAAAAAAUUCCGAUAUCAACGCCGCCUUCUGGGGUUAUAAAAGCUUGACACAGAAAUCUAAUAAUCAAUCAGAAAAAUUUAAUAUUUCUCUUUACAUCUGAUAGUCACCGGUUAGCACAAUAUAUACAUUCUGGGAUUACAGGCUAAAAUGGAAAGGAACUGCAGAGAAAUGACAAAAAUAUCUGCAAAUCUCACGCCAAAAUAGCUGAGCUAUUGACCAACUCCCCGGUCAAUUACAAUUUAGUGACUAAAACCCAAUUAUUGUCAUAACGCUACAAAAUGGGAACUCCCUAGAGAGGCAGAUAGAUAAUAAAAAAAAACAAAAAAAAAACACACAGUAAAGUCGUCAUCGUUUUCCUGUGAUUGUUUUUAGAGAGAUUUCAAAGAUGACGAUGAGAAAUGCUGACAAACUGCUUUAUGUGCGUGUAGAUGUGAAAUGGCCGGUUGCUGUGCUUCGCUGAAUGCAGAUAUUGUUUGUUUCGGGGAUUGGUGCUCGGCAGGUUUGGGGCUAACCUUCGAGGGAGCAUUUUACUUCCUUGUUCGGUUAAUGCAUUAGGUCAUCGCAUCUGACAAUAAUGGAAGGGAGGCUGAAUAUGUAUCCAUGCAAAAAACACACACAUAUUUGCUUUCCAUUUAAAUGGUGUUUUGCAUAAGCAGAUGGUAAAAUGUGAGGCUGUCUGUGUUAGAAUUUAUCCCUGUGUUAGGUCACAAUCUAUCUUUAAGGAGACACUAGCGGGGUGACCCUGAGAGCCCCUGAAUCCCACAUUGAUAUGCCUUAUGCAUAAAGCACCGACCUCUACAAUUAUUCAGCUGGAUUGAGACAUAUAGCCAGGGCGUAAAACUUAGUCCUAUCCUACUAGCCAGGUCUUAAAAGUUACUAACCACUGAAAGCCUGGAGGUUCCAUAGCACACUCACUAGGGGUGAAUUCUCACUCACCAAUGCUUAGUGGGAAUUCCAAGCCAUACAGGCUGGGAUUUGAAUAGGACCAGCUACGGCAUCUAUCGGCACGUGUGUGUGUGUGUGUGUGUGUGUGUGUUAGGGGGGGCCUCUUGUGUGACUAAAUCCCAAUAAUCUCGACUGAGAGAGGUGGUUUUAAGAAGGCUUUAAAAACGGUAAACUGUACAUUGUUUGUCAAUUCAUUUUUGUUUAUCUUUUAUAAAUAAUUGCUGAAGCGACUUGCUAUGAAGACUACAGAUAGGCCAUAAUCAGCGAUUUACCAUGGUAACGAUGUCACCUUUGUCCCCAGCUCUCACCUCUGCUAAUUCCUAACGCAGUGUUUGUGAUGUAUUUUAAAUUGGUUUCACCUGCUGCACAGGAAGACCUUGACCCCUGACGGUGACGUUAUGAGACUAAAUGGAGGGAGAUAAAAUGUAACCAGUCCAGUGACUACUGAGACCCGAAGUAUGAGAUAUAAUGGUGGAUACGGCAACGCUGCUUACAGGGAAUACAAUUCCUGCCAACUCCCUCCCUCACUCUCUCAGAAACCGUUUAACUGUCAGGGCUAUUAAAUAAAGUGUAAAUUGCUGUAACUAAAGGGAAGCUGCUGUUUCCUUUUGGGCUAUAUCAGAAUAAAAUGUAAAAUUCUGUUUCAAUUCCCAUUUUAGUGAACAAGUCGGUCAAUGUUAGAAGUGGUAACUGGUCUCCAGUCUGAUAUAAGCGCUGGUUCAGGAAGAUAAUGGGCGUUUAGCAGUUCUGUACGAUGACAAUGGGAGAGCAGUUUGUGUUUUUUGCCUUGGGGAAGUAAGCGAUUAAAUAAACAGGUGGCGGCUGACGUGUUUAGAGACGGGCUGUUUACUGUUGGGAUCUGUAUGCAUGUCUGAUGACUGAGGAUAAUAUCUGCUUUUAACCCUUUCUGAGUGUGUGUUAAACUGAUACUUUGAUUCGGAACAGUCUUUAGUCUUAUUCUUCAUUCAGUCUGGUAGUUUUGAAAGUGCUUCCCAGCCAAAUGCAGAAUUCCUGGAGUCCAGGUGUGGAAUGAAUGAAUUAAGUUGGGAUCAGAGGAAUAUUCAUGAUUAGAUACGUGAUCGAACCCCUUGGGGGCGUAUGAGUUACUCCUACUGUGGGGCACACAGGCCCAGCCAUCAUAUUGUGACAUUCCUAGAUGCAAUCCUAUCAUGAUACAGGCAGUUAGCUGACUGAUAUAUUCAGGAAUACAACCAGGGAACAUAGAAACAUAGUCAGAAAAAUGCGAAUUGUGGGCCAGAAUUGAAAGUUUAGGUUCUAAAAUAAAAUGGGAACACACCUAGUUUUCAAGCUCACUUGUUCUUGCCUCAAAUUUACGAUUUCCUUAUAAAUUUUCACCAGUCAAUAAACCGCCCUGUGGACACUUACAUGGAAGAGCGGAGGUAGGGCUGGCAUGGGGUUUGCCAGUGCCACACUUUGUGCCAUUGAGGAUGUUCUACCUGUGCAUGCCAGUGUCCAGUGAGGUGGCCAAGCAGCACUGCCCAUAUAAAACACUGGCACAUGGGGCACAUUCUAGGCUGGGAAAACAUCUGGGAUAGCGGGUGAGGUGUUCCAAAAUUGGGACUGUCACGCUGAAGCUGUGGGUAACGUGGCUUGCUGGCAAAAUCUAAUCUUAGAUGCAUGUUUUUUAUAUCUACUAAAUAGUUAAACAAAAUACAUACAACAACCUUUAACAACACAAAAUAUAUAAAAAUAUUUACUGUAUUCAUGAAAAAGUAUUCGGUAAUUGAAAAAAAUUUCCAUUUACAGUCGCAGCUGUAUUUUUAUUUUUUUAAUUAAACCUUUGGAAAAUCUCAUAUGUGAUGUUUGAUCUUCCAGCAUCUGUUAUCAAUUUUAAUUUUGGUUUCUUUUAACUUACACGGUUCUCCAUUUUUUUUUUUUUUUUUUAAUUUUUUUUUUUUGGGAUAGAAAUGUCCCAACCAAGGCAUAUCUCCAGGAAUAUCCUGUUAUAUGACUGUCACACUGGCACACAGAAUCAUCACCGCCAAGCUGUACAGACAGAAUUCAGCUCUGAUACCUCGUAUUCAACAGACGUCAACCUCAGGUGACUUAUGAUCUAUAUACUUACUCGAGAUACCAAAGUAUGUAAAAUUAUACUUAAUCACCAUAACCACUGCAACUCAUGCUAGCUGUUAGGUUGCAGACUCCAUGCUUGCUGUCUGAGUGUCAAAUAUAUAUAUAUAUAUUUUUUUUAAACAAAUUAGGAAUCUCUCAGCACUAGACUUGUAAAUGUAGUUUUAAACGAAUAGCAACGCAUCUGAAUGUUGGGUGAUCUGCGAUUCCUCUGAAUUUCGCUACUCUGAAUUGCCAUAUGGCCAAAUCGCAAUGCAAAUGAAAUGGGCAAUAGACAAACCAUUUAGUGUGUUUCGUGGUUCAAAUUUCAUCUUUGGUAACAAAAAAGCGAUGGUUGAUAGUUAAGGUACUGGCAAUUAAUGUUGAUUUUAUAAUGCAUCUAUUAUCUAAUAAUACAUACAUACAUUGUGUGUGUGUGUGUGUAUGUAUGUAUGUAUAUAUUUAAUAAAUAUCUAAUAUAUAAAUAAAGAUUUUUUUGACUGCUUUUGAUUAUUACUUCUCACUUGAUCUGUGAAACAAAAGACAGUAAAACAUGUCUAUCAGUAUACUGCAAUAUAUAAAUUACGUUUAUAAUAUGUAUAUGUUUUGCCUUUACACAACAUUGUGGUUCGUCCAAAUAGAUUUUCCUGAAUGAAUCGUAUGAAUGAAAUGAACAGUAUGCUGUAGCAAAAUCUGGGCUAUGGCCAGUCUGGUCGCUAAGGUGUCUUUCUGUAGCAAAGUUUGCUCUGUUCGAGUCCACCCUUCUAAUGGCCUAUUCAGGAGGCACUCCCAUGGGGUUAAGAGAGCUGCAGCUUUAAUUAAUUUCUGAUUUAGCAACAUCAUUAGGGUCCAACUUUAAUCAAGCAAACAAUAUAGUUCAUACAAUCCAGGGCUGAAUUCUGACUUCUGGAGAACCGUGCUAUUAAAGGAACCAGGUGGAGAAUGGACCACCCAACUCAGCCAUCGGGAGACCUGUUACUGAAUUGAUUUGGUAUCAAAGGCUCACAGAACUGCAGGAUACUUUGAGGAAUACUCCCAGUGACUUUACAAUGAGACUUGUAGUUAUAUAAAUGAUAAUAAAUCAAGGAAGCUCCCAUUUGUUCAUAGUUUUUUAUUUUCCGUAUAGUGUUCUGUUUGGAGAGUAAGUAAGUGGGCUCUCCCUGAGUGGAACUGCCCCUUGGAGAACCCUGUUUGUAUUUAAACCGAAUACUAAUGAAAGUGGUGGAGAUUGGAAAGAAAUAUAUACUAAAUUUCAGAACUAAAUAGAUGGGUUGACAUUGUGUAUUUGGAUGAAAUUAUCUAAGCAGAGACUUUUGCAAGACUAACAUGAGAUCUAUGUUUUGUUUUAUGUGUUUUUAAAAUAAAUUCUUGUAGAUAUGUUUGAAUGAUUGUAACAGAGGUUACUGUACUUCACACGAUAGAGAAAUACCAUUUUAUUUGAGUUGACUCCAAUGGUGGUACGUAUACAGUUUUUGAAUUAGGAAGAAUACGAUGAGCGUUCUCUUAUUUUCUGGUAUGACAAACAAUAAAAAAAAACAUAGUUACCAUUAGCAGUAUAUAUUAGCAGUUACAGAUUUGGUUUGAUUGGAUUAUAACCAUUAGCGGUUGUUACAGGUUUGGUUUGAUUGGAUGAUAACCAUUAGCGGUUGUUACAGGUUUGGUUUGAUUGGAUAAUAAUUAUUAGCAGUUGUUAUAGGUUCGGUUUGAUUGGAUGAUAACCAUUAGUGGUUGUUACAGGUUUGAUUUGAUUGCAUGAUAACCAUUAGCGGUUGUUACAGGUUAGGUUUGAUUGGAUGAUAACCAUUAGCGGUUGUUACAGAUUUGAUUGCAUGAUAACCAUUAGCGGUUGUUACAGGUUAGGUUUGAUUGGAUGAUAACCAUUAGCGGUUGUUACAGGUUUGAUUUGAUUGCAUGAUAACCAUUAGCGGUUGUUACAGGUUUGGUUUGAUUGGAUGAUAACCAUUAGCGGUUGUUACAGGUUUGGUUUGAUUGGAUGAUAACCAUUAGCGGUUGUUACAGGUUUGGUUUGAUUGGAUGAUAACCAUUAGUGGUUGUUACAGGUUUGGUUUGAUUGGAUGAUAACCAUUAGCAGUUGUUACAGGUUUGGCUUGAUUGGAUGUUAACCAUUAGCAGUUGUUACAGGUUUGAUUGGACGAUAACCAUUAGCGGUUGUUACAGGUUUGGUUUGAUUGGAUGAUAACCAUUAGCGGUUGUUACAGAUUUGGUUGGAUUGGAUGAUAACCAUUAGCGGUUGUUACAGAUUUGGUUGGAUUGGAUGAUAACCAUUAGCAGUUGUUACAGGUUUGGUUUGAUUGGAUGUUAACCAUUAGCGGUUGUUACAGGUGUGGUUUGAUUGGAUGAUAACCAUUAGAGGUUGUUACAGGUGUGGUUUGAUUGGAUAAUGACCAUUAGCAGUUGAUUGGAUAAUAACUAUUAGUAGUUGUUACAGACUUGGUUUGUUCGGGUGAUAAUUAUUAGCAGUGUGGCUGCGCAUGUUGCUAAGGGAAAGGUCGUAGGCCGUAGGUUACUGGAUAAUUGGUUAUGAAACCGGCAAUAUUAAUAAGGCCUAUGAUUACAUUUGAAAGUCAACCAUUUUCAUUCUUCAACAUAGCACAUUGAUGGGUAGGGUAAUCGCAUGGCAGACAAAACUGAUUAUACAAUAUGUUGAAAUAAAGAUUGAAAAAGAGAGCGCAUAUAUAAUAUAAAACUGAUGUUAGUAUCAGGGUAGAAAGUGGCUAAGUGCAAAAUAUAAUAUCUAAAAAUGUGCAGUAGGUAUAAGCAGCUGAAACAAAGAAUUUUCCCAAAUCCUAUAUGUACAAUGCAAGUGAAAAAUUGUCAGCGCUUAAUAGAUCUUCCCCUUUGAAAUUGUAUAAGGGUAUACCAAAUAGGAAAAUAAAUAAAAAAAUAUAAAACAAUGUAUGAUAUAGUAAAAGUCUACAAUCUCUAAAAGUCACUUAGAGCCUUUUAUGGGGAGAAAAUAGUCCAAAUUCAUAUUAUGGCAUUUUAGGACCAAAUGAUGUACUGGCAAACAACUAAUAGGAUUUAUUGCCGGUGUUUCUUCGUUUAUGAACUGCCAAACAGCCUGCCUCUGUGCACGAGACAGACGCUGACGCUUUGGGACUACCAGGCAUCCUGUUUGCAACCUUGAGAGAACUAGCUGCGCUUUGAGCCGACACUGUGGUCCUUAACGAUAAGUACCAAUAUUUUAUUAUUUUAUCUUGUGAGAGUUCCACUUUUGGGGGGGAUUUUUUGUACUGAGGCAAUAAAUGUAACAGUAUUAUACCAUAUUCUGUUUCUUUUUUGCUUUAAAGGUAUUCCCGGUACAUCAUUUGGUCCUAGAAUGCCAUAAUAUGAAUUUGGACUAUUUUCUCCCCAUAAAAGGCUCUAAGUGACUUUUAGAGAUUGUGGACUUUUACUAUAUCAUACAUUGUUUUAUAUUUUUUACUUAUUUUCCUAUUUGGUAUACCCUUAUACAAUAUGUUGAGUUUACGGAGUUGGAGGCCAAGUGGUCUGUGGUUUUUUUUGGGGGGGGGAGAGGCAGGGGUGCAAGGCCGUAGUACUGUAAAAUGACUCUAGACCAGAGAUUUCAAACUCUGGCCCCUAAUUGUUGAUGUCUUUUAACUCCUAUAAUUCUUUGAUUGGAAUCGUAGGCCGUAGGUUACUGGAUAAUUGGUUAUGAAACCGGCAAUAUUAAUAAGGCCUAUGAUUACAUUUGAAAGUCAACCAUUUUCAUUCUUCAACAUAGCACAUUGAUGGGUAGGGUAAUCGCAUGGCAGACAAAACUGAUUAUACAAUAUGUUGAAAUAAAGAUUGAAAAAGAGAGCGCAUAUAUAAUAUAAAACUGAUGUUAGUAUCAGGGUAGAAAGUGGCUAAGUGCAAAAUAUAAUAUCUAAAAAUGUGCAGUAGGUAUAAGCAGCUGAAACAAAGAAUUUUCCCAAAUCCUAUAUGUACAAUGCAAGUGAAAAAUUGUCAGCGCUUAAUAGAUCUUCCCCUUUGAAAUUGUAUAAGGGUAUACCAAAUAGGAAAAUAAAUAAAAAAUAUAAAACAAUCUCUAAAAGUCACUUAGAGCCUUUUAUGGGGAGAAAAUAGUCCAAAUUCAUAUUAUGGCAUUUUAGGACCAAAUGAUGUACUGGCAAACAACUAAUAGGAUUUAUUGCCGGUGUUUCUUCGUUUAUGAACUGCCAAACAGCCUGCCUCUGUGCACGAGACAGACGCUGACGCUUUGGGACUACCAGGCAUCCUGUUUGCAACCUUGAGAGAACUAGCUGCGCUUUGAGCCGCCACUGUGGUCCUUAACGAUAAGUACCAAUAUUUUAUUAUUUUAUCUUGUGAGAGUUCCACUUUUGGGGGGGAUUUUUUGUACUGAGGCAAUAAAUGUAACAGUAUUAUACCAUAUUCUGUUUCUUUUUUGCUUUAAAGGUAUUCCCGGUACAUCAUUUGGUCCUAGAAUGCCAUAAUAUGAAUUUGGACUAUUUUCUCCCCAUAAAAGGCUCUAAGUGACUUUUAGAGAUUGUGGACUUUUACUAUAUCAUACAUUGUUUUAUAUUUUUUACUUAUUUUCCUAUUUGGUAUACCUUUAUACAAUAUGUUGAGUUUACGGAGUUGGAGGCCAAGUGGUCUGUGGUUUUUUUUGGGGGGGGGAGAGGCAGGGGUGCAAGGCCGUAGUACUGUAAAAUGACUCUAGACCAGAGAUUUCAAACUCUGGCCCCUAAUUGUUGAUGUCUUUUAACUCCUAUAAUUCUUUGAUUGGAAUAUAUGGCAGCAGUUGUAGUUCUGUGACAUCAUGGGAGUCGAAGUCUUAGAAGCUUCGUUGAGACAGUCCUAUUAAGGUCACAUUAUAGUUCUAACUCAUUCUUUAAAUCAGCAUUAAUGGAGAUGUGUGUGUGUGUGUGUGUAUGUAUGUAUAUGUGUGUGUGUGUGUGUGUAUGUAUAUGUGUGUGUGUGUGUGUGUGUGUAUAUUUAUUUUUUGCUAGUAGCCUUAGUGUGUAAAGCAUAUUGGCCACAAGUGAUCGGCAACUCAAUUAACUACAAAGAAUGCAUCCUGCCUAAAUUUAAAGCAUUUAAUGGGGUAGUCUACAUGCUAUAACAAACACUGCUUACUUCAGUGGUUUUGGUGCUGUGAGCCUUUGGAUGAUGGCCCCCUAUUUUAUGUAAACCCAGGGCUCCGCAGUGUUCAAAUAAUCAGCAAUUUCCUUGGAACAUGAUUGCUACAAUAGGCUGGUUAAGUGCUUAGUGUCCCCUUAACUACUCCUAAAUGAUAAAAAGAAAAAAAUACAGGUAUUGUGCAUUAAAUACAUCACAUAUAUACUGCAAGUUAAAUCCAUCACAUAUAUAACAGCAAGUUAAAUCCAUCACAUAUAUACUGCAAGUUAAAUCCAUCACAUAUAUAACAGCAAGUUAAAUCCAUCACAUAUAUACUGCAAGUUAAAUACAUCACAUAUAUACUGCAAGUUAAAUACAUCACAUAUAUACUGCAAGUUAAAUCCAUCAUAUUUGCACGGUUCUGGAGCACAUUGUGGUGCUGUAUUGCUUAUAUUGUAUUAAUAUCUCCUCUCUACGUGUCGUCAUACAGCUCUGCAGUGCAGAUUGGCCAGAGAUUGGCGGUUAUCGGUGAUGAACUUAACAGGACGUUUGAAACAAGACGCCAAAGCAGCAUGGCGAGGGUGGUUCGAGCCUCCAUGUACGUGGUUUUUAUUUGUGUGUGAUCUGAUUAUUCAUACUGAAAGACACAAGGUGAAGAUUCAUUCACACAUUCACUUUACAAUCUACAGGUCUUGGAUAUUAUCACCUACAUUCUGAAAUUUGAUUUUCAGUUUGCUACAAUUUGUUGUUUAGUGAAUAAACCCCAUUCCAAUAACAUCCAUUUUCCUCUCUGCGCUAUGUUCUCUAGGGGAACUUAAAGCAGCUCUGUCACCACUCCUGAAAAAUGAGUAUAAGAUAAAAUCUUUAUGAAAUACCCGUUUUGACUGUGUUGGAAUUUCACUGAAGUACCAACCCAGUCAAGAGAUUUACAGAGUCAAAGUAGGGAUUUUCCCCCACCUCACUUUCUUCGGCACAAGGUGGAGUCCAAGAGUCGUAAUCAGUGAUGGUUGCAGGGAAUUGGCUGUCUAUGGAGGAUCCCGUGGUCUCACUGGAUUCCCACAUAGACUUCAAUGCUUUAUUCUUGCACAUAUGUGAGGAUACAGCAGUGAUGUCCGUGCUGAAAAGGAUCGAGAUGGCAGCGCCUGUGAGGGACAUUACUUUGAAUGCUUUCUCAAUUAAAUUAAUCUUUAUUCUGUUUGAGACAACCCCCCUUAAAGGAAGACUAUGGUGUCAGGAAUACAAUUGGGUAUUCCUGACACUAUAGGUCAAAAUAACUUAAUCCCGCAGGCACGCCUUACCUCUGGUUAAAAAGGUGAUUUACUCACCUUUUCCCAGUGCGGUGCAGGUCUGGUCUUGGUUGGCCCCACCCAGGCUUCUCCCCCUUCUCAUCAAACUUUAUCAUCUCAGCCAAUCCAAUGCUUUCCCACAGGAAAACGCGCUCUGCGGUAAAACGUGCUCUGCGCCAAUCAGCAUCUCCUCAUAAAGAUGCAUUGAAUCAGCACAGUGUGCAACACUGGAUUCUAAAACAGCACCUCUAGUGGCUGCCUCAGUGACUGCCACCAGAGGUGUUCCUAGGCAGGGGUCAGCAACCAAUGGCACUCAAGGCUAGAUAUACACAGAGCUGCGGAAUAACACUCCCCUCAUACAAAUAAUAAAAACAGCCCACACGCAAACGCACACACCGUCCCCACAAACACAACACCACUGACAAUUCACAUACACGCACACAACCCCACAUGCAGCCUCUCACAAUGUAGCUUGUUGAGGUGUGUUAUGUGUUAAGAGUUUGUCCUCUUUUUUUCCAUUUUACAAAAAGUGCAGAUUCCACUCGAAAUGUACACUUUUAGAAACUAACUUGGUUACUUCUCCUGGCUGCCAAUCAGACAGACGAUCCUGUUACUUCCUGGUUUGGUUAGCUCAGUGAAGCUAAACUCAAGAGUCAGCAAUUGCUCAGAGCACCUGCCUUGCAAAGAUUUCUCAUUGAGCUGCAUUGGGAAGUCUGUGAUUGGACAGCCACAAAAAGUCUGGGCGGGGUUAGAAGGGGAGGGCUGCGUACAAGAGACCUGCAAUGUUUGCAAGAUGUUUUUAGAUAUAUUGCUCAAUUAAAGAAAUGCAUAAUUAAAUACAUGCAUGUGUUCAUUGUGGGGUAUAUCUACUAAACAGCAAUUUUUAUUAUUAUUAUUUGGGCAGUGUCCCUUUAACUAUUAAACCUGACUCGUGAUAAUAUAUAAAUCUAUUUAUUUCAUUGUCUUUAUUUGCUCAGCGGCUGCUGUAGACAAUGAUUUGUUUUUUACAACCCUAGCCUACAAUAGCUUAAUUAAUAUCUCAUUGUACAGUUCAGCUGAAUAUGCCAGUCUUAAUAAAUAAAAUAAUUAGACCCAUAAUUGCGUAGGUAUUGAGUCCGUUUCUGCCAAUCAUAGACAGCGCAAAUUAGAUUAUCCGAGGAGGGAGGCUGUCUUUAUAAAGAGGUAUACAGCGUGUAAGGAGGGAGGCUGUCUUUAUAAAGAGGUAUACAGUGUGUGAGGAGGAAGGCUGUCUUUAUAAAGAGGUAUACAAUAUGUGAGGAGGGAGGCUGUCUUUAUAAAGAGGUAUACAGUGUGUGAGGAGGGAGGCUGUCUUUAUAAAGAGGUGUACAGCGUGUGAGGAGGGAGGCUGUCUUUAUAAAGAGGUAUACAGCGUGUGAGGAGGGAGGCUGUCUUUAUAAAGAGGUAUACAGUGUGUGAGGAGGGAGGCUGUCUUUAUAAAGAGGUGUACAGCGUGUGAGGAGGGAGGCUGUCUUUAUAAAGAGGUAUACAGCGUGUGAGGAGGGAGGCUGUCUUUAUAAAGAGGUAUACAGCGUGUGAGGAGGGAGGCUGUCUUUAUAAAGAGGUAUACAGCGUGUGAGGAGGGAGGCUGUCUUUAUAAAGAGGUAUACAGCAUGUGAGAAGGGAGGCUGUCUUUAUAAAGAGGUAUACAGCGUGUGAGAAGGGAGGCUGUCUUUAUAAAGAGGUAUACAGUGUGUUUGGAGCGAGGCAGCAUUUAUAAAGCGGAUUAAUCCAUAUUGUGUUAUCUGUGAUUUUCCAGGAGAUUUGUCAGUAAUUGCCAAGCGUUUGUUCUAAACGUGUUAAGAAGUGUUAAGAAUUUUCCAAGCCGUGUGGAUCAUGUUGAAAUCACGGGUCGAUCACACCCGGUAAGUGUUUACGUAUCUCUCAUGUGAAUUGAGGGUGACGAGGACAUGUAAAAAACCUACACAGUCAUUGGCCAGUACAAUAUUUUAAUUUUUCGUAACUUACAAGAUUUUACUAGUUUGUCAUUUAGUCAUGAUUUUAAUAAGGACACAGAAGCAAGCAUUGCAUGUGUUUAUUGUUAUAUCCUAUAUAGGGACACUAUAUCCACCAAAACAACUUUAGCUUAAUGUAUAGAUUAUGUCCCUCAAUCUCACUACUCCAUUCUCUGCCAUUUAGGAGUUAAAUCUCUUUGUUUAUGUAGCCCUAUUCACAUCUCACUGCUUGUGACUAACACAGCCUUCCUAAACAUUUCCUGUAAAGAGUCAUCUAAUGUUUACACUUUCUUUAUUACACAGUCAGUUUACUUUAGAAUUUCUUAUCUCAUGUUCUGUUAAUAGAUUGCUUGACCUUGCAGGAGCCACCUGUAUGUAAGUUCAAUUUACAGAGCAGGAGUUAACCCCUUAAGGACCGCGGUCGUAUGAGAUACAUCCGACAAAAAACUGUCCUUAGGACCGCGGACACAUAUAUCUCAAAAUACACUUAUAAUGAAAUCAUAUGUAUGCAUUAUAUAUAUGUAUAAUAUAUUCUAAAAUGCUUUAAUUAUAUUAUAAAUAUUUAGGAAAUAAGUGUGUGUGUGUGUGUAUAUAUAUAUAUAUAUAUACACACACACACACACACACGUAUUUGUGUGUAAAAGCGUAUCAAUUAAACUGUUAAUAGCUCCUGACUGAUUCCUCUUCUGCAGCUGUCACUAGUUUAAUACUAUCCUUACCUUUUUGUGUCAUUUUACCCCACUCCCUCUAGCAUGUAAGCUCAUUGAGCAGGGCCCUCAACCCCUCUGUUCCUGUGUGCCAGGGCCGGACUGGGAAAAAAAUUAGGCCCGGGCAUUUUUCAAUUAGAGCGGCCCCCCAAGAAGGGGGCGGGGCCGGAGAGGGUGUGUUUUGUCAUCACUAAUGACAACACGCCCCCUCUCAAAGUGAGCAUGUUGGUUCAAUGCACAGAGCCCCGCUGAAGAGCUCUGGCAUUAGAAAAAGGCCCUGAAUUUGUUCUGCGCAGCGCAAGCAAAUGUAAUAACAUGCUUGCGCUGUGUUAGCUUUUAAAUUGUCUCUGGUGUCUCCACAAGUGGGAUACCAGAGGACAAAAGGGCCAGGAAAGUGUAUGGUGCAUGUGUUUGGCGCAUGCUUGUGGGAUUGCGUGUGUGUAGAGUGUGGUGUGGUACUGUGUAAAUAGGUCAAUUUUGUGGUGUAAUAUGUGGCUAGGGGUUGUAGAGAGUGCGUGUAUAGGGGCAUAGUGUUAUAGGGGAUGUAGCGAGUGUGUACAUACGGGCAGUAGUGUGUGUGUGUGUAUAGGUGACGUAGCGUGUGUAGGGGUUGUAGAGAGGGUGUGUUUAGAGAAUGUUGUAUGUGUUUGCUUACAAGGAAUGUAGAGUGUGUGUAGGUGGUGCAGUGUGUGUGUGUGUAAAGGACCCAGAGUGUGUAUAGAAGAUUGUGUGUGUGUGUGUGUGUGUGUGUGUAGAGGAUUAAGAGUGCAUAUAGGGUAAGGGAUCUAGCGUGUAUCUGGAGCGUUAUGUGUGUAGUGGUGCAGUUUGAGGGGUGCUGUAGUGUGUGUGUAUAUAUAUUUAGAAUAUAUUUGGACAUAUUGUAUGUGUGAGGUGCGCAGUGUGUUUGUGUAAGAGGGGUGCUGUGUGUGAGGGUGUUUUUAUCUGCCGUCACAUUCUAGGUUUCUAAUUUUCUUUGUCUGUUAACUCUGUGUGUGUCAGAGGUGCUGUGUGUGUCUGGGGGUGCUGUGUGUGUCUGGGGGGUGCUGUGGGUGUCUGGGGGUGCUGUUUGUGUCUGAGGGGUGCUGUGGGUUUCUGGGGUACUGUGGGUUUCUGGGGGUGCUGUGUGUGUCUGGGGAUGCUGUGGGUGUCUGGGGGCUGUGAUGGGGGGGUGCUGUGUGUGUCUGGGGGGUGCUGUGUGUGUCUGGGGGGGGUGUGUGUGUCUGGGGGGGUGUGUGUGUGUCUGGCUUGCACUUGGCUUGCACUCACGUUUAUUUGAAAUAGAAAAAGUCUCCUUUAUUGUAUAUCCAUUAAAAACUGAUGGACGUUUCAGCCCCCAUCCAUGGCUUUCCUCAGGUGUGUGAUGUAUUGAUCCUGAGGAAAGCCAUGGAUGGGGCCUGAAACGUUGAUCAGUUUUUAAUGGAUAUACAAUAAAGGAGACUUUUUCUAUUUCAAAUAAACGUGAGUGCAAGCCUCUUACUACUUAUAAUAUAUAUAGAUUUGUGUUCGGGGCAUUCUCAUAUGAUACAGAAUAAGAUGGGUUGUAGAGAUGUAGCUUUAGGAAUAAUCAGUUGAGGUGUGCCGAAACCGAUGAAUGCUGUAGGCCAGUAAAAAGUGGGCAAAGAAAGACAUAUUAAUGCAAAACAUUAUACAGGAUCAUAGUGCAUUUGUUAAUCAUCAGGUAGACAUUUUAAUGAAAGCUUCCUAAUUCCUGAAUCGGCCGUGGUAUGUAAGUCGCAUAAGCCUAUGAUUCCCAGCGGCCCCGUGUCUUAACGUGUGUGGGGAUGUCUUAGCUAUAGGCCGUGGAGGCUGCUCCUAUCCUAAAGGAGUGCCCUGAGUAGUCGCUAGGGUUUGGUUCGAGCUCAGUGAAUGAGUAGGUGUAUCAUACAGCGACAGUAAUGGUUCAGUGGUGCAUAUGGUUGCAUGCCCAAGAACGUAACCAGUACCUUAACUGGGCACCCAGCAUUGCUUAUAAGGUAGUAGGUAGUAGGUAAUAUGCACUGGCUCUCCCAUCUGACUCGUCUUAGUUUUAGGAAGGGACCGGACAUAGUGGUCUGUGUAUUUUAGAAGAUAAGAGGUCAACAGGCACUCUUGUUUAUGAUGUUGGCCACUGAAAGUGAGUUAUUUUUUGGCCUGAGAAAGCCGUUAAAGGCUAGAUAGGUAGCAGUUUUGAUAACUGCAUUGGUGCAUGGCUCGGAAGGUGCAUGGUCGAGUGGUUCUGACAUGGUUUGAAGAUUGUAUGUCUAUGGCCAGUAUUUAGUACAGUAGCGGGAACGUCCGCUUAGCUAUGUCUCUAAGUAAGGUAUGGAUGGGGUAGGAGGAUAGGAACCCAUGUUGCUUGGGAAGGAGAAAUACGUAUAGUGAUGAAUGCCUGUGAGAUAAGUUUAACUGUGUUGUGCAUGAAUUUUUAACUUAAGGUGGCAAAAAGAGGUGAAGGCCAUAAGUGGUGAAACCUCAAACCAGCUAAGUGAUGGUCCGACAUGAAACGUAUUGUAUACCGUAUAUACUCGUGUAUAAGUCGACCUCAUGUAUAAGUCGAGUGCAGUUUUGUGACCAACAAUUGUGAAAUAUGCUGUGCCUCGUGGAUAAGUCGAGGGUAAAACUUGGGGCUAUGAAAUUCUGUGAUUUUUAUAAUUAUAUACACACACACUCAUACAAACACACACUCUGCAUUAUAUACACACACACACUCAUACAAACACACACUCUGCAUUAUAUACACACACACACACACUCAUACAAACACACACUCUGCAUUAUAUACACACAAGAAAAAAGCAAAGAACACAAGGUUCUACGUCUCUGUGUACACACCUGUAUGUACUGCCCCCAGAGUGGAAAAAAGGGGGGGGGGAGAGAUUAACAGGUGCCACACAGGGACUAGUGUACCGAAACGAGACUCCAGGUAUCUCAAAGGGGCUUAACCCCAAGUAAACAAAAAAUAGGACAAUGAUAAAUGCAGUCUGUCUCAGAAUGUACUUAAGAUUAGCUGCAUAACCUGGAAAUAUAUAUAACGGUAUAGUGUAGUCCAAACCCUGGCUUACUAAUCUAUAGAAGCUGUUAGAGACCUAUAGUAAGAAAAUAGUAAAAAAUAAAUAAAGUAUAUACAAGUGGUACUGAAAUUCCAUGCCAACCAGGGAUGUAAUCGAUAGGGAUAUCAAGAUAUAACCUAUACCAUAGCUACACCCUAAUUAUCAGCUUUAUUAUAAUUUGCUAUUGGGGUAUGAGUAUCCAAAAAGUUAAAUCCCAUACGAUUAUCAAUCCUAGGAAAUGUCUAGUAUUCAAAUAUAUAUAACAUAGGCUCAGAAUCGAGCUAUUGCAGAUAACUAGGAGGAUAGAGGUAAUUGAUAAAUGAAAAACCAGUCAAAAAAGUAGACUGAUGAACGAAGGUGCAUCUCUUUAGCACCGAAACGUGCGUUGGGCAUUUUUCUUCUCAUAUCACUGAUAUGAGCACUGGGCACUGGUGGAUGUAGCACCAUGAUUUUGCACUGUAUUUAAUUUAUCUCUAUUUCUGUUCUAUGCCUGUCUAGUUAGAUUAACAGGGAGAGAGGCUUUUUAAUUUAAUUUAAACUAUCAGUCUACUUUUUUGACUGGUUUUUCAUUUAUCAAUUACCUCUAUCCUCCUAUCUAUCUGCAAUAGCUCGAUUCUGAGCCUAUGUUAUAUAUAUUUGAAUACUAGACAUUUCCUAGGAUAGAUAAUCGUAUGGGAUUUAACUUUUUGGAUACUCAUACCCCAAUAGCAAAUUAUAAUAAAGCUGAUAAUUAGGGUGUAGCUAUGGUAUAGGUUAUAUCUUGAUAUCCCUAUCGAUUACAUCCCGGGUUGGCAUGGAAUUUCAGUACCACUUGUAUAUACUUUAUUUAUUUUUUACUAUUUUCUUACUAUAGGUCUCUAACAGCUUCUAUAGAUUAGUAAGCCAGGGUUUGGACUACACUAUACCGUUAUAUAUAUUUCCAGGUUAUGCAGCUAAUCUUAAGUACAUUCUGAGACAGACUGCAUUUAUCAUUGUCCUAUUAUAUACAUACACACUCAUACAAACACACACUCUGCAUUAUAUAUAUACACACACACACACACACAUACAAACACACACUCUGCAUUAUAUAUAUACACACACACACUCAUACAAACACACACUCUGCAUUAUAUACACACACUCUGUGUAUAUAAUGCAGAGUGUGUGUUAGUGUAAUGUGUGUGAACUGGGUGGGGGGAGGGCAUUUUUAUUAUUUUAAUUUUUUUUAUUUUAAUAUUAUUAUUUUUUUUAUUAUUUUAAUUUUUUUUUGUCCCCCCUCCCUGCUUGUUAACUAGUCAGGGAGGAGGGCUAUCUUAAUCCCUGGUGGUCCAGUGGCAUGGGCUGUGAAGUGGGGGGGCCGGCAGGAAGCAUUUACUUACCUUUCCUGCAGCUCCUGUCAGCUCCCUUCUCCUCCGUUCCGGUCAGCUCCACUGUAAGUCUCGCGGUCUGGUUGCCGCGCGGAUCGUUGCCAUGGCUCUGAGGGCCGCGGCUCUCUAAGUUGCCAUAAUACAGACAGUGACUCAAGUAUAAGUCGAGUGGGGGUUUUUAAGCACAAAAAAUGUGCUGAAAAACUAGACUUAUACUUGAGUAUAUACUGUAAGUGGAAAACCCUGUAGCAAGCGUGUUGAGUGCUGGUGGACAAGGCCAGUUUAGUCAGAGCCCGGCUAUGUUGGCGAGGUUAAUGUAAUCCAUGACCUUGACCAUAAGUGACCCCCCUGCCAUGGCGGCUGUCACGGCAGCUGCCACAAUAGUUUACCAUUACGUGUGGUUAAGAAAGUCCACCAUAUGUGUAGGUCUGCCGUGGCUUGGUUGUCUAGGGACAGCCCCUGAUCAUCAUGCGAAAGUGUGGAAAAAGCAAAGUGGUCUUAGAUGAAAGCACGGCCUGCGGUAUGAUGCGCAUGGCAAAAUUUAAGGAACCUGGUAGGGAUUGUAGUUCCAUGCGGUUGCAAGUACCAAGCAGAAGGUGGUAAUUGGUGUUGCGACUGUUCCUAUUUCUCACGUGGUAACUUGUUGGCAUGGAUGCUGAGUCAAGUUGUGUGCCCCGGAAUGUAAUGAUAGUGUCUGGGUCUUCUGUGACCUUAGGGAAUACUGGGACACCCAAGUGUUCAGACAUACUAAUGGCUUCCUUGAAGUUUCUAGUGGGAAAGGCGUUCCCUUUGAUCAACAAGAAAUCAUCUUGUGACUGUAUGACUGUGGGGCAUCUGGAUAUGUUUAACCACAACCAGCAAAGAGUUCAACGAAUAUAUUGAAGAUUGUGAGCUGCUCUUGACCCGAAAAUUAAGCGGGAAAAGAAAUAUAUAACUGCUGCCCAUAAAUGCUCUGUAAGUGCCAGUGUAGGGUGGAUGGUGGCAGUCUGAAAUGCGUUUGUGAUAUUAGUUUUACUUAACCAGGCUUCCCCUCCCUGCUUGAGUGAUAGUUGUCAUGGUAUGAACAAUGGUGGCAUACUGUAAUGAAAACUUCUCGGAGGGUAUGAAGGAGUUGAGACUUGGGGUAGCCAAGGCGUGAGGUGCAGAUAAGUCUAUGAUCAGUUACAGUGUGAGGGAAGAUUCCCUGUGACAAUCCCAAUGGGAUUGCGCCACGCUGUAAAUGGUGUAGAUCGGAGAGGCCCAGGUAGAAAUCUUUCUGCCAUUUUUUGGGCCAUGAGUGUAAUGCCAGCUGUUGGAUGCUGCUGUGAUGAAUGCAAGUUAGGGCAUUCUAGAUUCCCCCAAAAGUAUAUGGCAAUACCUGUACGGAAGGCCUUUAAAAUUCGGAGAUUAGGAAAUCAAUUAAAUGUCUGGAAGGGUGAUGAGUUAGAAAGUACUGGAAAUGCCUAAUGUUUACAGACGUGAAGUAAGGUUCAGGGUACAUUUAUUGGGACACGUGGUUUUUGCAUGUGCCCUGACAUAUUGAGAACAUAUCUACAACAGUCUGCAUGCACUGAAACUACAUGUGCCAACAUGGAAAUUGUUGCAAAUCUGGGAUUUGUCAAAGAGAAUGAGACGACCCAAUUUGUAUCUGGUAGUUCUCUACGUACUACCAGAGGUGCUAGAGCCUGGAGCCUGAAACGUGAUCGUCCGCUGUGUUGGGACAAAAUUGUCCUGUGGGACUAGCAACAUCUUCUCCAAGUGAAAGUGUGUUGACGCUAGCUGGAGUGUUAGGUAGAGAUAAAUCCUUACCACCUGCUUGAUACAUACUAAAAACAUGAAGAUAGCCAUUAUUAUAUGAACCCACAGUGUGCUAGUACUGGCUUGCUAGCUAAAGCCGCAAGGCGAAACAAUUAAUCCUUUGUUUGGUGACAGGUGAGGCCCUGCUAGUUGCCAAGUGGCUUGAGAGGCUUUAACUAUGCAAUGUCGCGAGGAGGUUUUUGUGGCCACCAAACGUAGUGGCAGGAUGUUGGCCUCUCGGUGACUGUAACCAGAAAAAAGGGGAAGGGAGUGACAGGUGAGGCCCCUCUAUAUACCGUGUGAGGCGGCUAGCUCACGAGUGGCCCGAUGGGUGUUUGCCUCCGAGCGUUGAGGCGGGGUGUUGGCCUCGCGGGACCACUAUACGACCGGUGUAGAUGCCAAGAAAGGAGAAUACCUAUUGCCAAUACGCUAAGGAUAUACCCAGGGGGAAAUAGAAAAUGUAUGUAUAUACCAAAUGAGCAGGUUUAUGUACCUAGUAGUAUAAUUAGAUACCCUUACUGGUCGUAAGGGUUAAUAAUACCUGUAUCCUGGACGGGUAAGAUAAUUUAUGAAAAUUGAAUAUAGACAUUUAAAAGCAUAUACCCAUAUGUGUGUUAUGCAAGUUUAAUAGAGCAAAGUGCUUCAUCGAAAUGUUUAUUGUAUGCUUGUAAUGCCCCUGUUUGAAAAAAAUUAACUUGUCGGGAGUGUUAUAUCAUUUGUGAUAUGGAAUACAACUGUACCCCGAAAACAGGAGUGUAGUGAACCAUGACUGGCAGCUGAAUAACCUAAUAUGUGAAAAUACGUAAUUGGAAGGACUUAUAUUUUAAGCGUGCAAACAUGCAAGUAUUCCGUAUUAGACUCUGGAAUCCUGCAUUGUGCUUUAAAUAGUAUGUGCAUUCUUGGGUAAAUGUAUGCGUAUUGUCAGUAAAUGUAACUAAAUGCCUAUGUAGGCAGGUAUGCAGGAAUGAUUAUAUCAUAGCAAGCAUGAUUUGUAAGGAAGUGUUAUUGUGUACUUAUAAUUAUAGUGGGAAUGUUAUGAGGGGAAUAACCAUAUGUCUGAAAAGCCUGUAGUAUACCGUUUGACAGAUAGGAGUCAGUAUAAAAGCGAAAAUGCUGUAGUUAGUUUGUUUGCUUAUGAAGUGAAAUAAAGUCUGAGAAGCCUGUAGUAUACCGAUUGACCGGUAGGGGUCAGCAUGUAGGCAAAAAUGCAGUGGUUCGUUGGUUUAUACAUGAAAUGCAAUAAUGUCUGAGAAGCCUGUAGUACACCGAAUGACCAAUAGGGGUCAGUGUGUAGGCGCAAAUGCAGUGGUUCGUUGAUUUGUACAUGAAAUGCGAUAAUGUCUAAGAAGCCUGUAGUACACCAAAAGACCGGUAGGGGUCAGUGUGUAGGCGAAAAAAUUGUAUUUCGUUUGUAGUUUUAACCGAACAGAUUUCAACCCAACAGAUUUUAACCAAAACAGAUUUUACAUGAACAGCUAGGUGAGUAUUGUAACGGACCGUUUUACACACAAGAGGUUAAAAACCGUUUAGGCGAUAUUCCCCUUUUCAGAUGCACAGACAGCUACUGCAAUCACCAAUCUCCCGAACUGCGAACACACGAAUUCACCAAUCUCCCGAACUGCGAACACACGAAUUCACCAAUCUCCCGAACUGCGAACACACGAAUUCACCAAUCUCCCGAAUUGCAAACACAUGAAUUCACCAAUCUCCCGAAUUGCAAACACAUGAAUUCACCAAUCUCCCGAAUUGGAACCAGGGGAAUGCUCCAAACUCCUGAACAGGAAACACACGAAUGCUGUAAACAGCUGAACAGGAAAAACCAUACGAACAGUUUACACUCCUGGCAGUCGCAAUGUAACAGCAUACCAUCCAAUUCCCAAGAACGAGACGACACUUUGUUUGAGGGUCAAGCAGAACUGAUUUACUGGGGCUACAUGCCUGGCUUUUAUGCAGGUCUCCCACCUGGUGGACACCCCCUAGGGGACCAGAUGGAAGACUGGGAAACAUAUUGGACAUUGACCAAUCACAAGCUUACAAUCCCACAAUGCAUCAUAAUCCCUCCUCUCUGUCCUGGAGGUAAUUGGGAAGUAAUCCAAUUAUCUCCAAGGACAGAGGAAAAACUCCAUUACACACAUUUUCAGUAAAAAGACAUAAAAUUACAUACGGUUACCUCUUUCACCUAAAACAUACACAUUCUACACAUCCCCAGAUAGAUUAGAUCUGAGCGCACAUUAUUACCGAAUGGCGCUCAGAUCACAUACAUACAGUUCAAUCUCCAUGGAGCCAAAGUCUUUCCCAUAGUCUUUCGUUGCACGAAUGGACUCUAUGGCAUAGCUAUCUGGGGUGAUGCUGUUCAUACGGUUAAACUACAGCCCUGUUUGCGCAAAUAAGUGUCCAUUUCCAGUUCCAUAGUUUGGGCGCUGAACACCACUGGCCGUUCGGGAGUUAAAAUGGCCACUGCCACGUGUUCGGCAAAUGAACAAAGGCCACCCAGCGUUCAUCAAAUAAGCCGAGGUUAACCGCAGCUUCUGGGCGGUCAAUUGACGGCACACUCCAGUUCCCAGGUGGUCGAUCAUUCGGUACUUUGUUCGGUAGAUUGAAUCUACCAAACACACACCGGCAGAAAGGCACGAAUAAGCCUUUCUGCAGGGAAAAUAAAAAGGUUUUAAAUGCCGGGCCAUAGUCUAAAGGGAGCAGGCGAGCAACCAGGCUCCUCCAGUGGACAGUGGCGAGGCUGGUUCCGCCACAAGUAUAAGGUAACUAAAUAACCGUGCAAAACGAAAGGAAACCAUAAAGUGAGGACCCGUGCUGUGCUGAACGCCGUGGGAACUAAUCCUGGUGUGACAGGUGGAUCAACUUACGGUUUGAGAGUCCCUGAGACACCAAAUACGAUGCUGACCGUAGAGAAAGCCACUGGAUUAACAUAAAGCCCUGCUGCAGGAUUCCUGGACACAGCUUGGAGUAGGAGACCUCAUGGAGCAGAGGUGAAACCAAAAUGGCGUCUUGUAUGACCUGGAAGUGGAUCUCAAAAUGCUGACCUUGAACAGUCUAUUCGUCUGACCAACAAAGGUAAGUAGCCCCUCCCACAACUUCAGGUCAUGCCUUCCAAUAUAUAUAUAUAUAUAUAUAUAUAUAUAUAUAUAUAUAUAUAUAUAUAUAUAUACACAAACCACGGGCCCGAAAAGAGGCCCUGCCCCCGACAGACACACACACAUACAAAGAGACACACACAUACGCACAGACACAUACAAACAGACAGGCACACAUAUAUACAUACAGACAGACACAUACAUACAGACCGACACACAUACAGGCACACAGACACAUACAUACAAACAGACACAUACAUACAAAGACACAUACAUAAAAAAACAGACAGGCACACAUACACACAGGCAGACACAGACAGACAGACAUACAGACAGACAGACAUACAAACAAACAAGCACACACACAUACAGGUAGACACACAUACAUACACAGACAGGCACACGCAGACACACAGACACACACAUACAGACAGGCACACACAGACAGACACACAUACAUACAAACACACACACACACAAAAUGUUUAAGUUACCCUCCUGUUUCCUACCUUUAAGGUGCAGGAGGGUGACUUUCCCUGGGGUCCAGUGGUGGCUCAGGUGGAUGGGAGUCAUAGUUCCCACUCUGACUCCCUCUGCUUCCUCCCGCGCGGCUCUCAGUGUUAGCUGGGAGGAGUGACGUGCGGUCACUUCCUCCCAGCUUGUGAUGUCAUCACAGGGGGCCCGGUCAUGCUGUUAAAGCACCCAGUGCUUACUGGGCCCCCUGACAAUCCAUAUUAAUCGGGUGGCCCUGACAGCAUGGACCCCUUGGACAGCGGCACCGGAGGUUUGCCGCGUGGGCCGCAGGAGAUGAUGGCGGCGGAUACCCGGUCACAGGGGUCCACAGGGCGGUCGGGCCCCCUGGAGUGGCGGGCCUGGUCGCAGCUGAAACCCUGCGACCGCGGUAUGUACGCCGUUGACUGACAGACAGACAUACAUACAUAAAAUAUAAAUUUAAAAAAAUAAAUAAAAACGCUAACUUUGGCCAGCGUUUGUGACUAAGGUCCACCAAACCAAUCUGGCAAACUGAAUUGGGCCAGCCCUAUAUUGACCCUGUAACUUUUUUUUAUUGUUAUACUCGGGAGACUUCACUGAACCCAAAUAUAAGUGUUUAAAACAGUAAAACUUAUCACGACGAUGAAAUCACCAGUAAAAGUUGAGUUCUUGUGUAAAAACAAAUGCAAAAAACAAAUAUGAACGCUAACUUUGGCCAGUGUUUGUGACUGAGUAGCUACUACAAAAGACUGGAAAUACCCCAUUUGGAAUACCCUGGGUUGUCUACUUUUACAAAUAGUAUGCCAUGAUUGGGUUAAUUUUCAUUCCUGGGCUGCUAUACAUUGGGGGCACUGUCUGGAGAUGUUGCUGAACACAUAUUGGGGUGUUCUUUGUCAGUAACACAUAACACAAACUGAGAAUCCAUGCCUUAAGUACAAUGUGAGAGAAAAAUAACACAAUAAAAUGACUACCCAAACGUUUGACAAAGACUGGUGGUAGAAUUAGUGCAUGGAAAUGUUAAAAUAGCGACAUUUGAAAUAUCCUAGGGUGUCUUCGUUUAAAAAAAUAUAUGGUUUGAUGGGGGUAAAUUAUAUUGGCCGGCUUCAAAAAUGUCCCAAAUAGGACAUGGGUGCAUGAUGACCAGCUGUAGAAAUACCAAGUUGGAAAACUGGAAUGUGCACCCUCCAAAUAAGGUAUUUUAGCCCCAGAGAACCCGACACACCUAUUAGACAUGUGCAAUUCGUUUCGGUCCAAUUUAAAUUGACAAGUGCUUCGGAUUUCUGAAAAGUGGCAAAAUAGGUGAGGGAGGGAAAAUUAAGGGAAUGAUGACAAGAAUCUAACCCUAACCCUACUCCUAACUCUAGUAAGGUUGGGGUUAAGGUUAGGGGCUAGGCUAGGGGUGGGGUUAGGGAUAGGGUUAUGGGUAGGGAAUUGCCGAAUUUCCAAAGUCCCGAAUUUCAGAUUGCCGUAUCUAACCAAAUUUUUUUCCCAUGCACAUCCCUAACACCUAUUAUUAUUAUUAUUAUUAUUAUUAUUGCCAUUUAUAUAGCGCCUACAGAUUCCGUAGCGCUUUACAAAAUUAUGAAAGGGGGAUUUAACUAUAAAUAGGACAAUUAUGAAAAAAAACUUAUGGGAAUAAUAGGUUGAAGAGGACCCUGCUCAUUAGGACAGGAAUUUGCAGUGAAAUAAGAUUGGCUGCCCUUUAGGAUCGAGCAAGAGACAGGUAUGUGAAGUAGAGGUUAGUUUUGGAGGCCAUAAGCUUUCCUAAAGAGAUGGGUUUUAAGGCACUUCUUAAAAGAUGCAAGACUAGGGGAGAGUCUGAUGGCGGGAGGCAGGCUAUUCCAUAGGAAGGGAGCCACCCGCGAGAAGUCCUGCAAGCGUGAGUUGGCUGUACGGGUGCGGACAACGAACAGAAGGUGGUCACGGGCAGAGCGGAGAGACCGAGAAGGGACAUACCUAUGGAUCUGUGAGGAAAUAUAAGAGGGGCUAGAGUUGUUCAGUGCUUUAUAGGUGUGAAUUAGUACCUUGAGUUGACUCCUAUAGCAUACAGGAAGCCAAUGUAAGGACUGGCAGAGGGGUGAGGUUUGAGAGAAACUACCAGAGAGGAAAAUCAGUCUAGUAGCAGUGUUCAUUAUGGACUGUAGAGAUGCAGUAUGGCUUUUGGGAAGACCAAUCAGGAGAGGGUUACAAUAAUCCAUGCGGGAAAUUAUUAGAGCAUGGACAAGCUCCUUGGUAGCAUCUUGUGUAAGAAAGGGGUGGAUGCGGGCUAUGUUUUUAAGAUGUAAUCUACAGGAUUUGGCAACAUGCUGGAUCUGAGGCUCAAAGGUGAGGCCAGAAUCAAGUAUGACGCCAAGACAGCGCGCUUGCAAGGAUGGACUGAUAUGGGUACCACAAACUUUAAGAGAGAGCGAAAGAGGAGGAUCAGUUUUAGGAGGAGGAAAGACAAGGAGCUCAGUUUUAGAGAGAUUGAGUUUCAGAAAGUGGGAGGACAUCCAGUCAGAGAUGGAAGAAAGGCAAGCAGUGACACGUUGCAGGACGGCAGGAGAGAGGUCUGGGGAGGAGAGAUAUAACUGGGUGUCAUCAGCAUACAGGUGGUAGUGGAAUCCAAAAGAGGUAAUAAGUUUGCCAAGAGAGGCAGUAUAAAAAGAAAAUAGAAGGGGACCAAGGACAGAGCCUUGGGGGACUCCAACCGAGACCGGACAAGGGGAGGAGGUAUCAUUAGAAAAGUAGACACUGAAUGAGCGUUGGGAGAGAUAAGAGGAAAACCACGCGAGGACAGAGACCAAGCGACUGAAGAGUUUGAAGGAGAGCAUGAUCAACGGUGUCAAAGGCCGCGGAGAGGUCAAGAAGAAUUAGUAUGGAGUAGUGGCCUUUGGAUUUAGCGGCGAUUAGGUCGUUAGUAACUUUGAUAUGCAUGGGUGGUAUCACUGUACUCAGGAGAAGUUGCUGAAUACAUAUUGGGGUGUUCUUUGGCAGUAAACCUUAAAGUUCUCUGUACAUGUAUUCUUAAAUUGCUAUGUGUGUCAAAAAAAACACCAAUAAUAAUUAUUUUUUUUAAUUUGCCAUAGAUUUGUGGUAAAAUGGUUCCAUGAAAAGAGUCAAUAUACCCCAAGUUUAAUACCUUAGGUUGUCUUCUUUUAAAAAAUAUAUACAUGUGAAGGGUUAUUCAGGGAUUCCUGACAGAUAUCAAUGUUACAAUGUAACUUAAUUUUGAAAACAAAAAAUGGUUUGGAAAUAGCAAAGUGCUACUUGUACUUAUAGCCCUAUAACUUUCCAAAAAAAGCUAAGAAUAUGUUAACAUUAUUUCUAAACUCAGGACAAAAUUUAGAAACUAUUUAGCAUGGGUGUGUUUUUUUUUAUUUUAUUUUUUUAAAUUUUUUAUUUUUGCAGUGCAGAAGUUUGGUACAGACAGGCUCAAGGUACCCCAAAGGCAUUCCUCGAGCUUUGUUACAGAUUUCACAAGUGGGGUAAAGAUAAGUAGUGCACAGUUUUAAAUGUAUUAUAACAGGUGUAGGCGAAAACAUUAUGCUUUUGUUGGUAUAUAUUGUGUUGAGGUGACUAAUUGUUUCUGUGUCCGACAUGCUUUGCCAACCCUGCGCCGUAAAGAGCGGAGUAGUGGAGGUGUUUUGAGUGAGCCCAUAGUGUGUAGCUUGCUAUCUUAUGAGUUGCCUGAUUACGUUCUACAGGUGUAGUAUUAGUACUCAUGUUUAAAGGGUUGACGUAAAGUGCACGUCUAUUGCCUAGUGUUUGUAAGGAAGAGACGUGUGGUGUCCACUUUUUGAGCAGGUAUAUGUGAAGGCUGGUCUUUGUGCUCUAACAAGCUAGGUAGUCCCCCCACGUUAGGUACAUGUAUAAAGUAAGUUACUCAGACAAGUUUAGCAAACAUAGUAUACUGAAUAGGUGCAUAUUGGGUUACUCCGGUAUACCAGGAGAAACAGAUCAUGCCAAGAGUGGAGAAGACAUUCACAUAUUGGGCUAUACUGGCGAUCUAAACUAACGCAUCCUGUUAAAUAAUAAUAAGUAAAGGUAUUAGGCUGCCCUAGUGGGCCAGUGAAACAUGUCCAGCUAGUACCAGCUACAUAAUAGAUUACCCCGGCAAGCCAGUCAUCGACAGUGUCCAAGUCCUGUUGGGUGCCUCCUGUAAUGUAUCGGUGCAGGAAGGAUUUGGCAGUAGCCUGCAGCAUCCCGCUUCUGUGCGCUCCGUGCCGGCCCUCAGCCCACUCCAUUCCGAGGCUGAGCUGUAGAUUCUUUCGCUGUAGGGGAGACAACCGGAGAGGAGGCGACAGAGCGGUGGUGCAGGGUGGACUCUCGCUGUGCUGGAGCCUUCCAUGCGUUGAGAGGGGCCCCUUGCUGGCCGGCUGUCGGUAUGUAGCGUGGUGUCUUCAUUGAUGGUCGGGGUGUUGUGUGUCGCAGCACUUUGUGUGGGUGAUCGGUGUGUCAGAGGCACAUGCUUCAGUGCCCUGUUUUGCCGUGGGUUAUUCCGUGCUGUGGUUGCUGGUUUGCCGCAUCCCCGCUUUUCCCGUCUGUUGCAGGCCUGCUCCUAUGUCGCAGCCAUAUUCCAGUGCUGUGACCUUUGGGGUAAACGUUGUACUGGGAUAUCUUGACGGGUGUUUACCGGUGGUCGUUGUGGGACUUUGGUUUGCUCGCGCCCGGUUGCUUUGUUGUAUUUUGUGGGUACCUGGGGGCUGCAGUUUAUCUUGCAAGUUUCGAUGCACGUGGCGUCCGCCAUCUUAGGUGGGGUGCCCAGGCCGCAGAUCAAGCUGGUAGUACUGCUGGGCCCCAGUUGCAUUGCCGCUCUCAGGGUCACAGGGUGGGGACCGGGAUCACCCCCACCGGUCCAGGGGGGGGGGCAGAGCCAGGUUCUCGCCGGUCCGGACCUCUGGCCAGGCACUGUCAGGCAGGAUAGCAGGACAGCGGCCGUCUGCCCUACUCACCGCCAAAGAAGGCCCCAUCUGGAGCGACAAUUUCUCCCCCAGGGGACUGCAACUCGGGGAGUCAGCCUCUCCCUGGGUCCAGUGGUCCCAGCAUACUAAGGGACCAGUGCUGUCGGUCUGCCAGCUCAGAAUAUAUCAUGCUUUAAGGGCUUAUAGGGUGGAAAUUUGCAGGAGCUGAAGUUGCUUGCGACCAUCCUGCUCGGCGGUCCGGCCCCCGCAUGGGUGUUUUUUGAUGGUUGUAACUGCAUAACAAUUUUUGGGGGUCAAAGUUAGAAAAGGUGUGUUUUUUACAUUUUCUCAUCAUAUUUUAUAAAAAAAAAAAAUUAUAGUAAAUUAUAUGACAACAUGAAAAUAAUUAUCUUUAGAAAGACCAUUUAAUGGCGAGAACAACUGUAUAUAAUAUGUGGGUACAGUAAAUGAGUAAGAGGAAAAUUACAGCUAAACACAAACUCCACAGAAAUGUGUGCCCUGGUCCUAAAUGGUAAGAAAAUUGAAAAGCGGUCUGGUCACUAAGUGGUUAAAACUUCUAAAGCAAGUUAAAAUCUGAUUGAAAAUGAAACCAUUUUGUUUUCAUGCAGGCUGUGUCAGUCACAGUUAGGGCAGGUGUGGCUAUUGCUGCAUAAACAGAAACAAAAGUGAUUUAACUCCUAAAUGGCAGAGAAUUGAGCAGUGAGAUUUCAGAGAUAUUUUGGUCUAUACACCAAAACUGCUUCAUUACACUAAAAUUGUUUUGGUGACUAUAGUGUCCCUUUAAGUCUGUGCAUAAUAUUGAUGGUAAAUGUAAGAAUAAAAUUAAAGCUAGCGUUGCUAUGAUGUAAUUGGUUAACUCCUUUAAUUGAUUAUUGCAGAUACCGGUUAUGGACCUAGGAUGGGUCUGUCGCUACAUGCUGCUUGUCAUCGCGCUGGUCGUGAUUUGGGCAGUCUUUGUCAAGCUGGGCUUCGAUGAUUAGAACAAGAGAUGGACUCUGAGAGGCCGGUGCUGGAUUCUGGCCAAUUCCGUGCCACCCCGGAGGUGACACGAUUCGUGCUGGGGUCAAGGUUUAUUGACACAGAGAUCCUUUUUAUAUUUAACCAUUUCGUAUAGUGCUGGGUCACUGUGGAUUUAGUUUUUUUAAGGAAUUUUUUUUCAAUGAUUUGGUGGUUGCUAGAUAACUUCCUUCAAUACGAGAAACCCUCUUUAUUCGUGGAACUGUCAUAUUUUGUGAAUUUUAAUCCUUUGUGCACCAGAGGGUUGUGUAAGGUAUUGCAGCGCAGCACAUUGCUCAAUCUUCCCUGCACUAUAAGGGUCUAUACCCUGGUGAGUGGAGGGCGGGCCAUCCAGAUCUCACUGAGUGUACGCUGUCUAAGAAAUCAUUACGGAAUACACUGAAUAAAUUGAUUUAAGUGAA